UUAAUAUAUUUGCAUCUCUUGCGCUUGCGUUUAUGCGUUUUGUGUUCAUAAAUGUUUUGAUGUCUUGAAUUUUAAAUAGGUACACUGGUGAAAUAAUUUGAAAUUGUAAUGUAGGGUAUAUGAUGAAGAGUAAUCGGUAAUCAAUUAAUUUUAUCAGUAUAUUAAAAUGGAGACUCCUGGUGCAAGUAUUUUUCAAGGAACAAAUAUAAGUAUAAAUAAAUCAAGAAACGAGGAAGAGGAAGAAGAUUUGGAAGAUCAGAAGCGUAGAAAUGAAGAACUUCAAAAUUUACUUAUGACGAAAUUAGAUGAUUUCAACUAUGAUGAAAGUACUAUAAACUCCUCUAUAAUAUCCACUAUUUCAAUUGAUGAUGCCAGAAACGAGUACCUUACAGCAGAAAAUGCCAACGACCAGAUUAAAGUGUUAUAUGAAGUAAGAGGGCGAGAAUUACAAGCCUUGAGGGAAGAAUACAAAAAUGUAGUAGAAAAUAAGACGAAGCAAAUAAACGAUUUAAAAAAGAAAUUGACUUUAACUGAAGCCGAAUUAGAACAGAUUAAAGUGUCAUAUAAAAACAGUGAAGAAUUGUUAGUAGAAAAAGUAGAGAGUAUAAAAGAGUUAACUUCCAUUUUAGAAAGUAAAGAAAAGCAAAUUGAACUGUAUAGGAAGGAUACGGAAAACUUACAUUUAGAAGUGGCUACAUAUAAAUCUACGAUAGAAGAUAUACAUCGACAAAUGCAAGGUGAUAGAAACCCUUUUGCAAAUUCUAAUAAACAUUUUAAUUCUGAAGAGCUAAAAACUGCUCAUAAAGAACAGAUUGAUAGGUUAGAAAAUUUACUUGAGGAAAAAACUAGACUUGCUAAACAUAGUGAAAGAGAAAAUCAAGCUCUUAAAGAGGAACUGAAUAAAGUAAUUGAAUCAAAUAGUGAUAACUCUAAAUUAAUAGAAACAUUAACAAGAAAUUUUGAAGAUGCCCAAAAGCAAUGUGAAAAUUUGAUAGAUGUUAUAGAAACGUUAUCUAAUGAAAAUAAUCAUUUACAAAAUAGAGUAAAUAAUGUUUAUAACCAUUCACCUGGUAAAAGAAAUUCACUAGAUAUCAAUAGUUUAGUAAGCCAUGUUGACAAGUUAAAAAAAAUGUUAGUCGAUAAAUCUGUCCAAAUAAAUACUCUAGGUGUAAAAUUAAAUAAUUAUGAAGCAAACUUGAAAGAAUUGUUGGAAUAUAGAAAAUUAAAAAGCGAUACCUAUCAAAAGGAAUUUCAGCAAUGCGAAAAUGAAGACCAUACUAAAAAUUUAUUACUCAUGCAGAACGAUCUACAAAAUUAUAGACGAAUUAUUGAAGACAAGAAUCAACAAAUUCUAAAUUUAAAUUCCACCAAUAAAGAUCUGUUGGCAAAAAUGGAGGAAACUCUUUCCCAAACCAGAAAUGACAUCCAAAAAUUUUCUGCAAAAUACAGUUUACCUCAGCUAGACAAAAUGGCCCAAGAUCUCAAGACGUCCGAACGUCACAUAACAGAAUUACAAGAAAAACUGAAACAUUCAGAAGAACAACGAUUGCAUUUAGCUCAGGAAGAUAAAAAUAAAGAAAAGGAACACAAAGAAGAACUAGAAGCAUUAAAAUUAAUUUCUGAAAAAGAUAGAAACAACUUUGAAAACGAAAUAAAGAAAUUACACAAUGAAUUAAGUAUAUCUUUGAAUGAAAUUACAAAUUUAAAACAACACAUUCAAGAAUUAUCAAAUGAAAAUAGUAAACUUCAAUCUCAGCUUAACAUUGGAUUUGAAGAUGCAUCUGUAAAAAAACAGUAUUUAGAAUCUAUACAAGCUCUUCGUGAUGCUCGAAAUGAGGUGAAAAAGCUACAAGAAACUGUAGAUGAAUUAAGGAAUCUCAAAACUAUAGCUGAAGGAGAUAGAUGUACAUUUGAAUUUGAAGCUAAAGAUGCUAAAUAUAAAUUAGAAACUGUAGAUAAAUAUCUAUCAAAGCUCGAGAAACAAUUAGAUCAAGCUACAGAAGAUUUACAAAGUAAAGACCAAAUCAUCAACACACACCAAAAAAAUGUUGCAGACUUAACUGAGAAAUUAAAUACAAAAUCUAUUGAGAUUGUCGAAAAAGAAUGUUCAUGUAAAAAUAGUUUACAAAAUAAUAAAGAACCUCUUAGUGAUAAAAAAAUAAGAAGAAAUUUAGAUGCUGAACUGAAAGCUGUCGAAGAACUCAAUCGAGACAACGAAGCAAAUAUGAUAUCUUUAGAAUUAAAGAUAAGAGAAGAAAUUCAAAAAGAAUACUUCGAUAAACUAAUAGAAAUAGAAGAAACAUACCAAAAGGCAUGCAACUCUAGCAAUGCUUUAUGUAAAGAAAAAAUCCAUAAAUUAAAAAAUCAAGAAUCUAAAUUUAGAGAACAUUUAUCUGUGAUUUCGAAUGAAUGUAGAAAACGAAUCGAAGAAUUUGAGACUGACAGAGAAGAUCUAAUAAAAAAUAUCAAUACAUUACAAAAUCAAUUCGCUGAAUUUAAAAAAUAUUCCAAAUUUCGAGAAGAUAAUUUCAGAAAGUUGAUUGAAGAUUUGGAAAAUAAAAAUAAAACGGAAGGUGAAAAAUGGAAGUUGUGGUCACAAAAAUUGAUCAACAGUUGUUUAAAGAUCGAGACUGUUAAUAAGAAAAGCCGUGAUAAUAUUUUAUUCAAAAUGCAACGAUAUGAUUCGAAUGUUGAGGUCAUUGAGAAAGCGUAUGAAAAAGCUAAGAAAAAACUAACAAAGAAUAAAUGA